AUGGCAGCUAAUGUUUUGAGAUUUUAUUUGCUUUUGGUGUUUCUCUCCACGGUCGAACUCUCCAAAAACUGUACCUACACCUAUGAUGCGAAGAACAAGGGCGUGAACGUGGAUUGUUCUCGUGGUGGAUUGUCUACUGUACCGGAUGAUUUACCUCUAAAUACGACAUCCCUGUAUUUAAACAACAACAAGAUAAAGCAUCUGUUACAUAAUCAGUUUGUGAAGUUAACCAACUUAAAAUAUCUGAAUUUGAAUCUCAACCCGAUCAGUGAUAUCCAUGAAAAGGCUUUCAAUAAUCUGUUUCAGCUUCAGGAGUUGCAACUCAAUGGACACGAUCUCAACUAUUCCGUUAAAUCUCUACCAGACAAGGUCUUUAAACCACUGACUUCUCUAAGACGUUUAAGUAUCCGAUCAACCUUUAAAUAUACUAGUAACAAGCACCAUUUCAUCUCACAGGGUAAGAUCCUCGGCUAUUUAGUUAGUUUGCAAUCGCUUCGUAUCGAUGCGUGGAUCGUUGAUAACUUUAAUUGGGGUUUCUCCAAACUUCAUAAUCUACAAGAACUUGAUUUGUCCGCCACAUUCAUAGAUGGUAUUUCAUUUACAUGUCAACUACCUUAUAUUACUAAUACUACUUUCAUUGUCUUUAAAUCAAUUCCGAUUUCAACUAUCAAUUUAUACGUGUGUGUGCUACAUUAUAUAGAUAGGGAUUCCUUCGCUCCAUUAACAAGUCUUGAAAAUAUGGUUUUAUCGACGUCCAGAACAUACUCUAAUGUUGCUAUACCUCAGCUUAUAGCUACAUUACAUGUAUUUAAAAACAGAUCACUUAAAUCUGUUCAGAUAAUUAACAGUAAACCUCAUUUCUGGUAUUUACAAGCACCGGGUUAUCCGUUAUCAUUGGAAAUACUUUCUGAUAUUUGUAUAGAGGAAUUAGUUCUGUCUUAUAAUCAAAUCAAUAUGGUAGAUUUCUCAAUAUUGCUGACUUUUCCCAUACCACCCUUAACGAAGUGUUUGAAGCAUUUGGACUUAUCACGAAAUGCAAUAACAGGUAAAAUAGCACACCCAGUAGAUGCUUAUCUCCUUCUACCUCUAUUUGUAAAUCUAGAAUAUGUGGAUUUAUCACGGCAAUCAAAGUUUCAAAUGGAUGGCAAUAUGCGAAUUCGUGGUGCGCUGCCAGUGGGUGGAAACAGCACCAUUCCAAUAUAUUUGCCAGAAAAACUAAGAUAUUUAUAUAUGGACGGUAUGGCUGACCGGAUAGGGAUGCUGCCUAUCUGUAAUUUCACCGGAGGAUCAAAUUUGAUUUCUCUCAAUUUAUCAUACACCGGAUUGACUUUCUCCCCAAAAAGCAAAGUCUUCGGUUUAGAAAAGAUACAAAUUUUGGAUUUUAGUUACUGCGAUUGCCUUUUCAUAGAGCAAUCCUUUUUUGACACGUUUCCAAAUUUAACCACCUUGCGAUUAAGUAGUGUGAACCUAGAUCAUGAUGUUUUUUUUAAUAUUGGAAAAAGACUUUUCCAACCUUUGAAAAAAUUACAAAAUUUAGAUCUGACUGACAACCUACUGAGUAUUCUGCCUGUUGAUAUUUUUAAUGGUCUAACUAAAUUGAAAGAAAUCUCUUUAUCGUUUAAUAACUUAGUCUCCAUUCCGGAUCUUUCAACACUUGUAAAUUUACAUAAUAUAUAUCUCAGUUAUAAUGCCUUGGCUACAGUUGAUGAACAGACACGAAGUACAUUGGAUAAACUUAAUUCAGAGAAAAACCCAAUUCGUGUAUCACUGUUUGGAAACACGUUUGGUUGUACCUGUGAUUCGUCCAGUUUAUUAGCCUGGUUUUAUCAGACAAGAGUAGAUCUAGAUGGUAGAAAUUAUUCCUGUAUAGACAAGAUGGGCGAAAAGACGACAACACGACUCGUCACCAAUCAUUACCGAGCUUUACAACUUCAUUGCGUUUCGAGUACUUGGUUAACUGUAGCCGUGACUGGAACAAGUUUACUACUUGUGGCUUUGUUGACAAUGUUUGUGUUCGUUAAAAACAAACUAAGGAUAAAAUUGAUUUUAUUGAGAAUGGUCGGGCGUUAUAUAAAACCCAGAAGACGAGAAGAGUUCCUGUAUGACGUAUGUAUUCUGUAUGCGGAUGACGUGUAUCAGUGGGUGUGCCACGACCUGUGUGUAGAGCUGGGGGACAGACGAGGAUUAAAACUUUUUAUUCGUGACAGAGAUGAGAUCCCUGGUGAAGACAAGCCUGUUGAACUUUAUAACACCAUGGAUUCUAGUUGGAGAGUUCUUCUAAUUUUAACACCGGGGUUUUUGGUGUCGGAAUUUGCGUCAACCACUAUGUCCAUGUGUUUAUCUUUUAUAACCAUGACAACACCGAAUCGGUUAAUGUUGAUUAUGGACAGUAAUAUGAAUAUACCUACUAAUAUAGAUUUCUUUCUAGAGUCUGUUAAUGAAGAAAAUAUUUACCGUUAUGGUAUAAACAAUAGGGGUGCAGAUGACCCACGUUUCUGGAAUAACAUCUAUCAUGGAAUAACAGCCGCUAAUAAUAGGAUACAUAAUCAACAGCAUUGAUAUAAUACGUUACGAUAAUCAACAACAUUGAUAUAAUACGUUACGAUAAUAAACAACUUUCAUAUAAAACGUUAUGAUAAUAAACAACAUUGAUAUGGUACGAUAAGAUAAUAAACAACAUUGAUAUAGUACGAUAAGAUAAAAAAAACAACAUUGAUAGAAUACGUUAAGAUAAUAAACAACAUUGAUAUAGUACUAUGAGAUAAUAAACAACAUUGAUAUAAUACGUUACGAUAAUAAACAACAUUGAUAUGGUACGAUAACAUAAUAAACAACAUUGAUAUAGUACGAUAAGAUAAUAAGCACAACAUUGACAUAAUACGUUACGAUAAUCCACAACAUUGAUAUAAUACGAUAAGGUAAUAAACAACAUUGAUAUUUUACGA